UUAUGUCAUAAUUUGAGGUUAUGUGUGUUGUUUGACAAGAACCUUUGAUAUUUAACUAAAUUCUAAAUUAUUCAUAAAUUACCCCCAACAGGUAAUUUCCAAAAAUCACAGUGAAUAUAAAAUUUAGGUAGAGAGCAUGUGAUAAAAAUGUCCUUAACUUCCGUUUUACAAAAUUUCCGUGUUUUGGCUGCAAGACGUCCUUUAAAGUAUGUGUCAGUUGCAAAAUCAUUAUCAUCAAAGGCCCCUCCCCAGGGGGUAAUAAAAAAACUAGAUCCAGACACUGGGAAGUUACAAAUCAAGAAAACAAAUAUAGUUCCUAAGAUCACCCUAAUUACGGGUGAUAAUGUCUCAAUUACGACUCUCCAAGAAGCUGAGAAAAUUUCAAAACGUAGAGAUUUGAAAUUAGUUAAGAUUGUGGACGUUGAUACAAAGACCCAAAGACCUGUCUAUCGGUUAAUGACAGGAGAAGAAUAUCAUGCUGAAGAUUUGAAACAACGAGAGAAACGUAAAGAAGAAAGACAGAAGAACAUUAAAGGAGAAAAAAUACUUUUAAUUAACUGUAGAAUCACACAGCAUGACCUUACAACCCAACUUAAAAGGGCGCUAAAGUGGUUACACAAAAUGUAUGAAGUUAGGGUGGUUAUAAGCGGGGCGAAUGGAAACGUAGAAGUUGCAGAAAAGGUUUAUUCAUCAAUUGAUCAGUUCUUCAAAGUGGAAGAAGUUGAUGCAAAGCUGGUUCAAAAGAGAACCAAAGGAUCUGAUAUCAAAUUUCAAAUUACACCUCCAACUUAUAAGGAAAGGAAGGAUUUAUGACUAGUCGUAAAAAUUGUAGCAACGGUGGUCUUUAUCAAAUAUCUUGUUUGGGUAUUUAUUUACAAAAAGUACUUUAAGAAGAGUUGAUUUAUUGUUCUGUUGUAUUUUAUAUUUACUUUUAAAUAAACAAAAAUAUGCGGAAUUAA